AUGAGGCCACCUCACGCAGCGCUCCUCUUGCUCUUCAUCCUAGCGUACUUCCGCGGUGCCUACUCCAGUGUCAGCCAGAGCCGUUUCACAUCCAUAAUCAGCUUCGGCGACUCCUUCGCCGACACCGGUAAUUUGGUCAUGUGGGCUGAUCCUGUCCUUCCCGGCCCUCAACCGCUCAAGAACCUCCCGUACGGCGAGACCUUCUUCGGUCGUCCCACCGGACGUGCCACCGACGGCCGCCUUGUGCUGGACUUCAUCGCCGAAGCUCUAGGUCUGCCUUUCGUGCGGCCUUACCUUGACAAGGGGGGCAACUUCUCCGCCGGAGUAAACUUCGCCGUGGUAGGAGCGCCGGCUCUAACCCUGACAUACCUGCAGGGACAGAAUUUGACCGUGAACCCUCCUAUCAAUAGUUCCCUCCAUGAUCAGCUCCUGUGGUUCCAGAAACUCAAGCCUUCGCUCUGCAAGGGACAAGGUACUGAUUGCUUCCGGAGCUCCCUGUUUGUCAUGGGAGAGUUUGGAGCAAAUGACUACAGGAGCUUCCUUGUGUCCAACAGGACUGUGGAACAAGCCACAGCUUAUGUUCCCCAAAUCGUUGACACCAUCUCCCAAGGCCUAGAGGUACUGAUCCGGCACGGUGCCAAGUACAUCGUUGUGCCAGACAUCUUCCCACUUGGCUGCGUACCCACAGUGCUCACAAAGCUUGCUAGCCCAAACAAGGUGGAUUACUAUCGGAACGGAUGCCUGAAGAGUGCGAACAGGCUGGGGCGCUACCACAACUCUCUCCUCCGCCAGCGGAUCAAACUGCUCCGGCACAAGUACCCCCAUGCGAAGAUCAUUGCCGCUGAGUACUACCGACCCGUCCUUGCAUUUCUAGAUAUGCCGGGGCAUUUUGGACUGAAUAGCAGCACAACCCUCCUCACCUGUUGUGGUGCCGGAGGACCUCCUUAUAACUAUGACUUCAACUCGGAGUGCGGGUGGCCAGGUGUGAUGGCGUGUGCAGAUCCAUCUCAGGCCCUUCAAUGGGAUGGUUUCCACCUCACGGAGUCCGCCUACAGGGCCAUUGCUGAUGGGUGGCUCCAUGGCCCCUACGCGGAUCCACCGAUAGUGCAUGUUGCACGUCCAUAA